CUCAGCCAAGCAAAUUGCAAGACCUUCCCAGACACUCAUUCUUCAUUCCACUCACAAAAACCUCAAACCUUUCCUACUAGAGAAAUGGCUCCCACCAUCGCCGCUGAUGCUGCCGCUAAUGGCCUCGUGAAGCCGAAGCCCGAGAACCAGCCCACCUGUGCCUACGUGACAUUUUUGGCCGGAAACGGCCAUUACGUGAAGGGCGUGGUUGGGCUGGCCAAGGGGCUGAGGAAGGUGAAGAGCAAGUAUCCGCUAGUCGUGGCAAUCUUACCAGACGUGCCGGCAGAUCAUCGGAAGAUGUUGGAGGAUCAAGGUUGCAUCGUGAGGGAGAUCGAGCCCGUCUAUCCGCCGGAAAACCAGACCCAGUUUGCCAUGGCCUAUUACGUCAUCAACUACUCCAAGCUCCGGAUUUGGGAGUUUGUGGAGUACGACAAGAUGAUCUACUUGGAUGGGGACAUCCAAGUCUUCGACAACAUAGACCACCUCUUCGACCUCCCGAACGGCUUCUUCUACGCGGUCAUGGACUGCUUUUGCGAGAAGACAUGGAGUCACACCCCUCAGUACGAAAUUGGGUAUUGCCAACAGUGCCCAGACAAGGUCCAAUGGCCUGAUCAUGUUGGCCCAAAGCCGUCUCUCUACUUCAACGCCGGCAUGUUCGUGUACGAACCAAACCUAGACACUUACCACGAUUUGCUCGAAACCCUCAAGGUCACACCUCCAACUUCUUUUGCUGAACAAGACUUCUUGAACAUGUACUUCAAGGACAUCUACAAACCAAUUCCCAACGUGUACAACCUUGUGCUUGCGAUGUUGUGGCGUCAUCCUGAGAACGUUGAGCUCGACAAGGUGAAGGUUGUUCAUUAUUGUGCUGCUGGGUCGAAGCCGUGGCUGUACACAGGCGAGGAACAGUACAUGGAUCGAGAUGAUAUUAAGAUGCUGGUGAAGAAGUGGUGGGAUAUUUAUGAUGAUGAGUCCCUGGACUAUAAGAAUAUUGUCGCAAGAGAUGCAGCGGCGAAGCAAACAAAAUGGGAUCGCUUCCUGGCGGCGUUGGCCGAGGCCGGAGCUUUCCGCUUCAUCACCGCCCCGUCCGCAGCCUAGUUGAGUGUAAGGGCCUUCUUUUGUAAGUGUGUAAAGCAAUGAUAGAGUCACCUACAAUUGGAAUUGGUAGCUCUAUUUUUUUUUUUUUGAAAGGGAAGGAUUUUAUUUUCCCUUUCAUUUCCAUGAUUUAGGGAUUCAAGAUAAAUAUUUAUCUUAAUUAUCUUUUUGUUUUCUUUUGUUUAGUGAUGUGCACAAAUAUAUGUCAAACAAAAUUUCAAGUUAAUA